UUUUUUUGUGGAAUAUUGUGAUUUAAUGAAGAAUUAUAUUAAUUUUCUAUUUUUUUUUGUCAAAAUUAAUUACGUUACAGUAUCCAAUAACAUUUUCAAGAAUAAACAUUUACCAUGGAUUUUAGGAAGCUUCUAUAAAUAUGGUGGUCCAAUACAAAGAGUUGCCAUUCCUAGAGAUCGUGAUGGAAAGCAAAGAACUUACGGAUUUAUAACGUAUAAACAUGUAAGUUCUGUAUCAUAUGCUUUAGACCUUUUUAAUGGAACAAAAUUAUUUAAUCGGACCAUUAAUAUGAAAACAAGAAAUAACAUAGAGUUACCGCAAGUAGAAAAACAAAAACAGGAACACAUUUAUAAUUUGAAUCAUCUACUUCAUUUGGGUCAGCAAACGUUUAUAGGAAACUUUGUGCCAAAUAUAGGUUCAGAUAUGCUUCCUACGAAUGUAGUACAAAAUACAGUUGUAUAUACUGGCAAAAUUGAUACUCAUCGUGAUGAUAGACAUUCUAGAAGUUAUCAUCCUUAUCAUCGUGAUCAUGAAAGUAAUAAACAUGAUCACCAUAAAGAUCAUAAAUCCUAUAAAAAUAGAAGUAAUAGUAGUCAUUCGAGUGAUUAUUCAAAACACAGUAAUUAUAAAAAUAGUAGAAGACAUUAUCAUUAAUAAUUAAAAAUAUAAAUUUAAUAAAAUGACGAAAAGGUAUUUACUUUUUCUUUAAUGGGAUAUAUUUAUUUAAAAAAGAGAGUAUUUUUCUUAAUAUAAAAAUUAAACUUCUAAUAUAAUAAUUUAGUUGCUUUAAGUCUUGAAUUAUUAUUACUAUUCUUGAUUGGUGACAUUUUGAAAGAAGAAAAUUCUGCUUUUAAUUU